CAUCUCGUUUUGAACACACGGUGAUCAUGGGUGAAGGGGGAGCAUCAUUAUCCUCAUGCUACAGGAUCCUCGCAGUGUUGAUUCAGGGACCCAGGCUCCUUCCAGGUUGUGGCUCCACCAUUCUGAACACCAACUCCAUGCUGGCAGAAGGAAAAAGAGGAAGUGAACAAGACAUACCCACACCCUGAACCCUCUGGCACAGAUGGAUGGAUAAGAACCAAUAGGAGGCAUAAUGAAUGGAGAAGGGGAGGAGCCACAGACAACUUACGGGUGAUAAAAGUGUGGUGGGGCCGUAGACUGGCUUAGGAGCUGAUGGAUGCAGUGACUCCCUGGAGUCUAGUUGCCAUUAAGCCCCAGAAGAUCAUUUGGAAACAGGGUGGGCAUUUAGAAUCCAUGGGCAAUUAUGGUAACUUAGAAGUCUUACCACAUUCUCCACCAUAUCUGUGGGAUUCUUUUUUUUUUUUUUAAUGUGGGAUUCAUUUUUAACUUGUCUCCAACCCUUUCUCCCAGCAAAUGGGCGGCCUUGUUUCCAAGGAGAAUCUUAAAAUCAGUGAGUGGUUCCAGUUUCCUCGUUUAUUGCUUGGAAAUAUUGAGGCACAGUCCUACUGGAUUGCUGGUAAUAAUUUUUACAGCCAGUUAGAGGCCUCCGCUGGGCAAAGCUCUGAUGGCUCAGAGGGCCAGUGCUUAUGGCAGGGGCCUACAAGAGACAACAAGGGCCCAGGAGAGGGGAAGUAGGAGGGAGGUUCCUGUUGACUCAGUGUGAGAAGAGGAGGAAGAGCAGAAGAAUAGCCAGCAGCGUUCAGAAACAAGGAAGAAGGCCACCCGCUUGCUUCGAUUUCUCUGGUAAAUAUUUGACUGGAUGUUUGCCUUUUCCGUGAGUUUUCUGGGUGCUGUGAAGAGAACGGGGUGGAACUCCGGACUGUCAGAAGCAGUCAUAACCAAGCGGCUGGAGAAGCUCAAAGGACAACCCGAGAAGCAAAUCCCUCACCAGGACUGCGGGUGGUGCUUUCCCACCGAGAUGAUUUCCAUAGCCGAGAGGACAAGGCAGUUAAAUGGCACCUGCACUGGCUUGGUGGACAUGGAACUCUUUCUCCAUUACUCCCUCAUCCCAUCACUUUUCAUCAUUUUGGUCUUGUCCUUUCUCCAAAGACGGGAGCACUGCAAACAGAGAGAUGACACUUCUUACCUCUUGGGGAACCACUUUGGAAUUAUCAUACCUCUGGACUUCGUGGGCACCUUUAGUAACCGAUGGUCCUACGGAAUUGCCUUCGGAGCCACAGCCAAUAAGGUCAUGUUCUUGUUCUCAGAAGGCUCCCAGCUCCUGCAGAUCCCGCAGUGGGCCCAAGCCUUUGUGCUUCUGAUUGGAGGCUUCGAAGUCGGCCUGUCCCACUUCCCCUUCUUUGCCUGCCUCUCAUCGGAGUUCCAGCUGGUCAGCUCCAUCCUGGGCUUCCUCUACUCUCUGAUCUGGUUUGCUGUCACCAUUCUUCACAUCACACAGUGUCCCCAUGGGCAGUUUUUGGGGAGGUAUCAGACCGUCAUGUUCUACUGGCCCUCGCUGCUGUGCCUGUCCUUCCUGCUGGGCCGCUUCCUGUACAUGUUCGUCAAGUCUCUGAGGGUCCACCUGGGCUGGGAGCUGCAGACGGAAGAAAAGCCGUUUCUGGAAAUUCAUCAGGCAGAGCAUGUCAAGCAGCUCCUGCGGAAGCCCCCCCUGCAAGAGAGAAAAAAGUCUUGGUUUCAAAGCAGGAUAUACGAGUGGGACCCCUGCUUUCAGUUCCCAAGCAGAAUGAUCGGAACCACCGUGUUGGCUUCCAUCUGCCUGUAUCUCUUCAUUGUCAUUGAGUUCUGCGUGUUCGUGUAUGUGAGAGACAAGCUGGAUGUAUUUGAAGGCGAGUUAGAGAGCUACAUUGCCUCCGUGAACCAGACCGGGACUCUGACCCCAGUCCUCCUGCAGGCGAAGGAGCUGAUGAACAUCUCCAAAGGAGUCUGGGUGGUUACCAUUUUUCCUGCCUUCCUCACGUGUGUGAGCUAUCUAUUCCACAUUUUGGCUUGUUACAGAAAGCACGUGAAGAGGUUGUGGGCAGGAAAUAAACACUUUCUCCCUCUGAAGUUCCAUAACCCUUCCUCCUCAGGGAGUGUGGCGGCCAUUGCAAGGUACUCUGGCUGGCAAAUAGCCUACAUUUUGUGGGGCUACCUCAGUAUCCACGUGGUGCAGAGCCUGUGUGGCAUGGUGAUCAUGUACAGCCUGGUGUUGCCCAUCAUCCACAACCAGGGCCGGGAGAUGCUCCAAGGACUGGGCAUUGGAAUCCUCACCAUAUCCAUCGUCCUGGGUCUCAUGAUCCUGCAGGUAUGGAUCGCUGCCAGCUUCUUCCUGCAACCCAAGAUGGGCACAGCUGACAAGCAGAAGCCCUUGGCGCUCAACAACAGGUGAGGGCAAAGAAGGGAAUGGUGAGUAUAGGACUUUG